AUGGAGUGUGUCCUGUGUCCACUGCUCUCAGCUCUGCUUGUGCUGCUGAGUUCUUCUCCAGAGUGUAACGGACAAGACACAGUGAAGCAGGCAGCAGGAGAGGACCGAGUGAGACUCACCUGCAACUUUACAACCAACAUAUACUCAAACGACUACUUGUACUGGUACAGACAGAAAGAUGGUGAUUCUCCAAAGUACAUGAUGGCCAUUUCAAGAGGGGUUGGCAGUUUCCAGUCCAAAGAGUUUGAUAAAUCCAAGUUUGGUGCUGAGCUCGUGGGGAACUCUUUGUCUCUGAAGAUGGAGGCUGUGGAUGUGACUGACUCUGCUGUGUACUACUGUGCUCUGCAGCCCACACUGACAGGAAACACCAACACUCUGAACAAAAACCUCUGCAGCAAAGACUAG